AUGGCUUCUGUCACUCCUGCUCCCGCUCCCGCCAAACCGGCCAUCCCUCGCUUCACCACCGUGCCCACUUGUGAUAUCCCCUUCACCUCGCGCGACUCGUCUCCUUCCUCCUGCGACACCCCGGACGGCUCGCGGUCUAGCAGCCGCCGCCGCCCAUCCUUUGGCUCUAUCAAAGAAGACACCGACGGUAUUGCGCAGUCGUUCGUCGACAGCCACCAGUGUGGUUCCCCCAAGGAGUCGCCGAAGGCCGACGUUCCCGCCGUCGAUAUGCAGCAGAGUCCAGACUUCUGCUGCCCCUGCGGUGGCUUCCUAGGAUGGAAACAGAUUCGCCUGGGAGGCAAGAGCCUGAGCCGCAGUUAUAGCGAUCUCCGCAACCUCGGCAACAUGCAAGGCCGUGGCUGGGCGUGGGAGACAACGGUUGCCGGCAGAGAGCUGCCGCUCAAGGCCCCCGAGGUCGAAGUGAAGCAGGUUCUACCGCCCCCCGGAACAUCUCCGCUGGAGAAGCUCCCGCCGGAGGUUUUGGAUCAAAUCAUUUCCCACCUCGCGUUGGAUGUGCCCCCCAAUGGCUACACGCCCCGGAAUGUCGACCUCGUCUCUUGUCUGCUUACGUCGCGCACGUUGCACGCUGCCACUCUGAGCGUGUUGUACAGGAACAUGACCUUCCCGCACUCUAUCAUCUUCUCCAAGGCACUCAAUCAUAUGGCGCAGUACCCGGCCCUGGGCACCCUCGUGCGCCGCCUAGACUUCUCGCACUUCACCUCUGUUGGUCUGGGUCGCACCAAGCAGAUGAACGCCGAGAUUCAGAACCUGACCUCGAAGACGCUGCUGAAGUGCCUUGAUCUUCUGCCCAACCUGAAGGAAUGUCUGCUGCAGGAGCAUCUGGAAGGCGAUAUCAGUGUGGAUAUAGUGCGCAAACUGUUCAUGGGCCUGCCCAAUCUCCGUGCCGUGGAUUUCUGCGGUUGCUCAACCCAAUCGUUCUCCGAUAUCGUCAAGGAAGCGUUGACCGCUGGCCCUGUGUUGCCCAUGACCAUGCCCAAUCUGAAACGCAUCUCGUUGCACGAAUGCAGCACCCUUCCGGCUGGUAUUUUUGAUCUCUUGUUGCCACGGCUGAUCAAUCUCACGCACCUGGAUCUCACCCACACACAAGUCAAUGACUCGGCUCUUUUCUCCAUUCCGGAAACGGCCCGCAUCACGCAUCUGAGCCUGUCUCGUUGCAUGCGCCUUCGCAGCUCCGCUGUGGUAGAGUUUUUGACCACCCACCCGGCCGUCAACGAGUCUCUGGUGUACCUGAAUCUCCUGACAGACCCGACACGUUUCCGUCUGCUGGAAGAGGAUGAUGUCACAGCACUGCUGCCCAAGCUUCCCGAUACCCUUCGCUCCCUCAACCUGGGAGGCGCAAAGGUCACCUCGGAACAUGCACCGCUACUGGUGCCUCUGACGAAGCACUUGGAGGAGCUAGGCCUGAGCUCUGCCGACCUUUCCGUUCAGGACGUCAAUUCAUUCUUCAAACCCCAGGAGCGGGACUCUGGGUCACGGAAGACUUACGCCCCCAGCACGCUGUGCUAUCUUGAUCUUGCCAAGGUGCCGCAGCUGACGCUCGGCGCCAUCUUCAACACUGCAACGUGUGCUUUGCUGACGGGACAGAGCUACCCGCUGCAGGUCAUCGAAUUCAGCGACAAGAUCAUCACUCCUCUGCGUGAGCGGUCCAAGACCCAGCGCGUCUCCGUUGGCUGGACGGUGCGGGACCUGGGCCGACGAGGCUGGUACGUCCGCGACCCAGCAUCCAUGCCCGACCAGCCCGUGGACGAUGGCUUCCGUUCCUGGAAGGUGGGUGCUCGGUGGUGGGGCAUGCGCAAGAUCCCCAUGGCUGUGGGCGAUGUGGGCGGCAUCUACGGACAUUACAUGUUCAAAAAAUAA